AUGUGGCGAUCUAUCGCCCGUCUAGGGGGCCAUGGAACCCUCUUGGCUCACAAGAGCUUCGUUGCCAGGCAGAUCACUUCAAGCCCAGCCGUGCUGGCCUCGCUGAGACCCACCAAGCGGGGCGUGGAGGUGCAGGCCGCUCUGAAGAGGCGUGUCAAAAAGACGGAGUUUGCGGGCGACGACACGGGCGUCGGUGUCACAAAAGAUCAGGCGCAGAAAAGAAAGGUCCUCAACGAUGUCGUUGCCAACAUCAACAUGAAGCACGGCGACGGCUCCCUCAUGUCGCUUGGGGACAAGCCGCUGGCCGU